UGUACAUCGCAAGCCAUUGUCAUGCUAGUUAUUAAUAGUAAACCUGAAAAUUUCGAAUUACGUAAAGCUAUUCGUCGAUCAUGGGGUAAUGGCAAACGCUUUACCGAAAUCUAUGGAGCACCAAACGCUUGGCGGGUCAUCUUCUCCAUUGGAUCGACUGGUAUACAAGAUGGCGAUGCACAAUUACAAGCCGAGUAUAAGCAAUAUCAAGAUUUAUUACUUGGCGAUUUUGUCGACAAUGAGCGCAACAUGUCCAGGAAGACGUUAAUGGGUAUUCAUUGGAGUUAUAUUUAUUGCCAGCCCUUAUUUUUGUAUAAAGGUAAUGAUAACGCUUUUGUCAAUGCUCCGCGAAUGUUUGAAUUUCUGGGUUGGCUAAUUAUAAGACGUAAACUCAGCCGAUUAUGGCAUGGUCAGGUUGAGCACGAUUGGCGUUUUCAUGUUCCUAAUCGUGAUCCAUAUGAUCCAAAAUAUGCUUCCAAAGUAGAAUUUCCUGGCAAUUAUUAUCCUCCAUUUUUUCAAGGUUAUGGGACGGUCAUGAGUCGUGAUGUUGCUCGAGAUUUAAUCAUUGCAUCAGAUUCUGUUCCUUUACUACAAUGUUCCGAUGGUAUCUACCUUGGUUUGCUGGCUAGAAAGUGUGGCAUU